AUGUCGUCGCGUCUGGCUGCCUGUGAGGCCUGUAGAAAGGCUAAAUUGGCUUGCGACCAUAAGCAGCCUGUUUGUACGCGAUGCAGUACUGCGAAGGGGAUAUGUAUUUACAGAACCACGCCGUUCAAGCGGAAGAGGGCUGAGAAGCAUAGCCUUGAUUCAGAUCAAUCACCAUCCUUCAAUCCAAGACGCAAUCCAUAUCCGAAUCCCGGGUAUCUUGGGUCGUCCAGCCAUGCCGCCAUCUUCAAGCAUAUCACUCCGGACGGAGAUCAUGCCGGAGCUCAGCAGGUUAUACCAAAAGCCUUGAAUUCGAGUUUAUUUGGCGAUAACCAUCUGGUGCUACAAGGUGCAGAUGUUCUCAAGCAUCUUCUCACGACAUACAGCUUACCCGCCAUGAAAGAUCUCGUCAUGUUCUGGCUAGCCAAAGGAGCAAAUCUAGCUCUGGCAGAACCUUUCGUCGCGCAAUGCACUCAGAGUGUGAGCCAACUGUUCACAUAUCAUGACGAGAACUGGCAUUUAGUCUAUGCAAGACGUCUCUUGCAGAAUUCAGCCCAGUCGUUGCAUUUUGAUGAAACUUCCGACCUCGCCGGUUUCUCAGCCCAGCUAUUAGAUCACAAUUCCCGCUGGGAGACACUGGGUAUUUUCUUUGCAGCUGUUACCCGGGCUACCAUCGACAUUGCUUUCUUUCCUUCUUUAUAUACCACCGAGCAAGAACAGUAUACCCUCAGACGACUAUGCACGAAACUCUGCGACCUAGCACUCGAAAUAUCCCUCUCACUGGACUGUCUAAACGACCUCCAACUAAUCAUGCAAUACGAAAACUUCAUCGUCCACUCCUACGUCGACGGAGACCAAAGUUACCACUCCUGGCGCAAACUAGGCGACGCAAUAUCAUCAACCUUCGCCCUGGGAUACCACGAAAACAUAGAAGCAAAACCAGGGAUACCAAAAUUUCUCAUGGAACUCCGCAAAACAGCAUUCGCACGCAUCUACUCAGCAGACAAAAACAUAGCAAUCUUCCUCGGCCGCCCACCCCGCAUGAACAAGCGUUUCUGCCAUUUCCAAAUCCCAUCCUGCAAAAACGCCCAAAACUCGCUAGAAUGGACCGCCGACGCAGAAGCAGGGUAUGGCGCUGACACGCGCUGGUCGGCACUGUGUGCAUCACUCAAGGAGGAGAUAUGGGAGUUACUCCAAGACAAGCAUGAUCCGGGAUGUGCAGAACGAGCGAGCAUAAUCCAAACUCAAGCAACAACCCAAUGGCAAUCCCUUCCCCCGCACUUCCGCCUAGAAACAAGCCUAAAAGAAUGCACGCAGUCCCCCUUCCAGCGAGAUUUCAUAGCAAGCGUGCGCCUGCACCACCUGCACGUCCUCUUUCUUCACAGUCUCCUCCUCCUGAAAUCACCAACAGAACCCUCAGCCUCAAUAAUAAACACAGCAAGCCAGAUGCUCACGCUAGUCGUGGAAAUCAUCCUGCUCCGCGAUCAACUUACGAAUUCUGGGACCGGAUUGAUAUGGAAGGUUGCUUAUUAUGGGUUGCCUGCUGCGGGGAUUAUGUUGCUUGCUAUGCUUAAGCAGUGCAUUCCGCGUUCUGGAUCGGGGUCUGUUUCUGUCCGGACUCGGGCGGUGCAGGAUCUCAGUGUUUUUGUUGCGGAGGUGCAGGUUGGGACUAUUGUUCGCCCCGGAGAUCCAAACUUCGCGUUGCUUGAGAAGGCUACGAGGACUAUUCAGCGAUUUUUGGAUUCCGGGGCGGAUACCGGAGGUGCGGGUGGGGAGGGCGGUUCUGGCAGUGGUGGUGGACUUGGGGAUGGGGGUGAUGAUGAGUGGGCUGGGGGGUUGGGGGUUGAUUUGUGGGAUUUCGAGGCCGGUUUUUGGCAGUGUUUGGCGGAUCAUCCUUUUCUGGGCGGGAUUGAGACUGGCUUGCCUAGUGUGUGA